AUGGCUGCGUCACACAUUAAUUAUGCUGGUGAUUUUUGUCCUGGACAACCGCACUCAGGGAAGCAUGAUGAUGAUGCUGAUGCUGCUGCUGCUGAUGAUGAUGAUGAUGAUAAUGAUGGUAGUGGUAGUGGUGGUGAUGUUACUGUGCGCCUUCCAUAUAACCCCUCGUUGUUCAUGUGUCCGAACCUGGAGACGGUCAUUACAUUCUACUGUUUGUAA